CUCUACUUACUUUCCAUCUGAAUUUGCUGGAAGAGGUCGAGACUCUCGAGAGGGCAUCACAACGUUGCGACAUGGCGAAGCCAGGGGGGCGGCGCGGAGUGGUCAUCUUGCUGCUCUCGCUGCCUCUGCUUCUAGUCCUCUUCCUCUCCGCCGACCGCCGGGUGCUGAUCGCGUCGGAUUCCCAGGUGCCCAGGCUCCUCCUGACGGGACAAGCAGGAAUGACAACACCCGACAGACUUCUCGGUGGCCUCCUGGCUGAAGGCGUCGACGAGAAGUCCUGCCACAGCAGGUACCAAUCCGCCAUGUACCGCCGGAAUGCCGGCAGGAAGCCCUCCCCAUACCUUGCCACAAAGUUGCGGCGGCACGAGGCCCUGCAAAGACGUUGCGGCCCGGGCACAGCCGCCUACAACAACGCAGUAGAGCAACUCAGGUCGGGCGAGAAUAUUGGGUCAUCGGAGUGUAAAUAUCUGGUAUCCAUCUCGUACCGCGGCCUCGGGAACCGGCUCCUGGCGGCCGCGUCGGCCUUCCUCUACGCGGUGCUCACCGGCCGCGUGCUCCUCGUCGACCCCAGCAACGAGAUGGGCGAGCUCUUCUGCGAGCCCUUCCCCGACACAACGUGGCUGCUUCCACCGGAUUUCCCGCUGGUAAGCUACACCAACUUCAGUGUCGGCACCGCGGAGAGUUACAGGAACAUGCUGAAGAACAACAAGGUCCGUGAUCAGCCGCUGCCGGCGUUCGCGUACAUCCAUCUCGACCACGACGCUACGAAGCAGGACCAACUGUUCUUCUGCGACGAGGACCAGAGGCAUCUCCGGGAUAUCCAGUGGCUGGUGAUGAGAACCGACAACUACAUUGUGCCGGGGCUGUUCCUGGUCACGGGCUUCCAGGAGGAGCUCGACAUGCUCUUCCCGGAGCCGGACACCGCAUUCCACCACCUCGGCCGGUACCUGUUCCACCCGAACAACCGCAUCUGGGGCCUCGUCACGCGGUACUACGAUGCUUACCUCGCGGCGGUGGACCAGCGAGUCGGUAUCCAGGUGCGGGUCUUCGGGAUCCAGCCGGAGUCGCCGGAGCUCCUAGAGCAGAUCACCAAGUGUACGCAGAAAGAGAAUCUGCUCCCAGAGGUUAUUCUCGGCACAGGAACAGAGGAGCCCGCCAUCGUCGCUGCCCGAAAGCCGCCAUUGUCCAAAGCCGUACUUGUCACCUCGCUGAAGUCAUGGUACUAUGAGAAGAUCAAGAGCAUGUACUGGGAGCACGCGACGGCCACCGGCGAGGCGGUGGGCGUGCACCAGCCAAGCCACGAGGAGUACCAGCGCUUCGGAGCCAAGUCGCACGACGCCAAGGCGUGGGCCGAGAUCUACCUGCUGAGCCUCACCGACGUGCUGGUGACCAGCGGCUGGUCCACGUUCGGUUACGUGGCGCAGGGCCUCGGCGGCCUGACACCGUGGGUGAUGUACAAGCCGGACAACGGCUCCACGGUGGCUGACCCUCCGUGUGGACGGGAUAUCUCCAUGGAGCCAUGCUUCCACGCGCCGCCGUUCUACGACUGCCGGCUCAAGCGAGGGGCGGACACCGGGAAGAUUGUGCCGCAUGUCCGACAUUGCAAAGACGUCAGCUGGGGAUUGAAGCUUGUUCAUCGUAGUGAUCGCAUAGCACCGUAGUCUCCACUUUACACAUUUUUGCCCGAGUCACUGAAAUCUGCUAAGAGCUUCCCGUUGGGAUUUGGACAGCAAUUAAGCAAACCUAAACCCCUUCAACCUGUAAUGAACUUUGAUAAUAGUUUCAACCAACAAGUAAGCAGCGGAAUAAACACAAUCAACAUGCACAAGUGACACAAGAA